AGAUGGUCUCUCUCUCUCUCAGAGUCAGGCGUCAGCUGUUCACAAACACAGAUGAGAGACUUAGUGCGUUGGACAUUGAUUUCGCACAGCUCUCAGAGAGAACAACAUAAACUUUUGAGAAAACUACGGCGCUCUCUCUCCUUCGCUGGGACUAACAGCUAAUGAGGAUAUUUUAUUUCUUGCAGAAAGUUUACUUUUACAGUGUGAAGAUAUGUGGCAUUUGAGGUGCACAACAGGAAACAGUUUAGUACAUGCUCUUGGUUCAGGAGCUUCCUCUUUCCCUGGAUACAAUAUGCAGGCCGUUCCAGUUUUGUCCCUUCAAUGAGCAAAACAGAUUGACGUCCACACCAGCUGCUCACCACCAGAAGUAAUAACCCUCGAAGAUGGCACUCACUUCACUCUAUGUUACUGAGAAACCAGGAGCUGGCUUAAGUGAAGUGGACAUAUGUACGCUUGAGAUUAAUAUGAAGUAUGAAGUCAUCCCAUCUAUUGUGUGCUCUGUUUGCCUUUCAUUUGGCCUCAUCUACUGCUUUUUCGGAUACCGCUGCUUCAAGAUGGUCAUGUUCUUCUCAGGCUUCUUGUUAAGCUUGGCAGCCAUGCUCCUCUUGUAUCACAAAGAGCCUGUAUUGAGCACCCAGCUGCAGGCAGAGACCAAGGCGGGCAUUGGCCUUGGUGUGGCUGUGCUAUGUGGACUGUUGACCAUGUUAAUGACAACAGUGGGACUCCUCAUCAGUGGCUUACUUCUGGGAAGCCUUCUCUCCCUCUCCAUCUUGGUGGUUAUCGGACAAUUUCACAGCCUUACUCCAGUUUGGGUGCCUCUCAGUGUUGUUCUGACUGCAAGCAUGGCCGCUGCUGUCUUUACACUCCAGUGGCAGAAACUAUUCAGCAUAAUCUUCACAUCUGUGUUUGGAGCAACUGCAGUCAUGCUGUGUGCAGAUUACCUGGUGGGGGCAUUUGUACUGCCAGAUGAAGUGUAUGAUAUAUUUUCUCAAGCUGCUCCACGACCACUCUGCUGGUUUGACUGGGCUGUCACUGGAAUCUGUCCUGUUUUGAGUCUCACUGGAGUGCUGGUGCAAUGGUGGUUUACUGCCAAAGGAAUGUCACACAAUGGAAGUGCACAUAAAAAACAGACGAAAUAUGCAAAAAAACAUGCAAAUAAAGAGUCGAGGAGAAGACCUCAGCAUCACCGCCGACGGAGGCCUCCACCCCUGAAACGCUAUGCUGGCGAUGUCCUGGCACCGAGUUAUCUUCAGAGCCUUCAGGAGCGUCAGAUGGGAACCGGCUCCUCUAAAAGCAGCGUCAGCACCAUCACACACACUCUAAUUGACUUUGACUUUGAGACAGGCUCAAUGGUGCCUCUGACCACUUCCUCUCCAGUCUUCACAGUUUGAUUAGCAUGGCUUCAAGCAAAUAUAGGUUACAUAUGUCUGAGGAAUAAUUACUCAUUUUAAUUGUUGACCAUCACAAACACCUUUCCACAGUUUCAACUUGUGGUUUGAAUCCUUAUUACUGGCUUCAUCAGAUAACGAUCAACAUGCUCAGACUGAUAUGAGGUACUUGGAGAUCAUCCCCUGAAUGAUGACAAGACAAAUUAAUGCAACCUCAACACAGCAUCAGGCCCAUGACUACUAAAUCCUUUGAGCAGUUUAACUCUCAGAUGAGUUCUUUUGUUUCUUGCAAUAUCAUUACAAUCUUAAACACUCUGCUUAUGUCACUGUGUAAAUACAUAGAUAAGUAUUACAUCUAGAUUACUUUGAAAUGUAAUCAUUACACCUAUAAAAGAUAAAUGUGUGCCAGCACAUGCGAUGAAACCAAGGAUAUACAUAAAACAUAUCAUUCUGAAUGGUAGACCAAUAAAAUAUUGAUCAGACAGCAGUGCAGCUUCACAGUCGGCUGUUUUGGAGUAUUGUCUUAUGUUAAGAGUCAUUAAAUCAGCAACGUGAUGUUUAUGCAACAUUUGCUAACAUUAUCCACUAUGGGCCACUGA